UUUGCUCGUAGCCGCCAAACAGGGUGUAGCAUUCUUGGGACCCCUCUUUCCUCUAAAUAAAUGUUCCCAUUUUAGCUCCUUCCAGUGGCGCCAUUGUUUGUCCUCCUCAAAUCAGUCCAAAACCCUAAAUUUCAGUCUUAUAAUGUCAUCUUCGCUCUCUUUCAAACCCUGUUUCAGCUCUCUCUAUACUGAAGUCAGCAACAACCGGGGUUUUGGAAGUGGGUUUUUGCCUACAAGUUUUUGGGUUAAAAAGGACUGCAGUUUAAGGGGGAAGAAUUUGAUUAUAGUAAAGAAAUUAGAAGUGAAUUGCUUGAAAGAUAAAGAUAUGGAUGUGAGAACUUCAGCUUUGGUUGAUGGUGUGGCAGAGUGUUUAAAUGAAGUUGAGAUUAAGGAACCUAGUGUUUCGACAAUAUUGAUGAAUUUUGAGAACAAGUUCGAUCCUUAUGGUGCAAUGAGUACACCACUUUACCAAACAGCUACAUUUAAGCAGUCAUCAGCAACAGAGAAUGGUCAAUAUGAUUAUACUAGAAGUGGAAAUCCUACAAGGGAUGCCUUAGAAAGCCUCCUGGCGAAGCUAGAUAAAGGAGAUCGGGCAUUAUGCUUCACAAGUGGAAUGGCUGCUUUGGCUGCUGUCACUCAUCUUGUUGGAACAGGCCAGGAAAUUGUUGCUGGAGAUGACAUUUAUGGUGGUUCUGACCGAUUGUUGUCACAAGUAACUCCGAAGGCUGGAAUUGUGGUUAAACGGGUAAAUACAAGUGAUCUACAAGAAGUUGCAUCUGCAAUUGGUCCCCAAACAAAACUUGUGUGGCUAGAGAGCCCAACUAACCCUCGUCAACAAAUUUCUGAUAUUCGUAAAAUUGCAGAGAUGGCUCAUGCACAUGGUGCUCUUGUCUUGGUAGAUAAUAGUAUUUUGUCUCCUGUAUUAUCACAACCGCUGGAACUUGGAGCAGACAUUGUGAUGCACUCAGUGACUAAAUUUAUAGCUGGACAUAGUGAUGUCAUGGCAGGUGUGCUUGUGGUAAAAGGGGAAAGCUUGGCAAGAGAUCUGUAUUUCCUCCAAAAUGCAGAAGGCUCUGGGUUAGCACCAUUUGACUGUUGGAUUUGCUUACGAGGCAUCAAAACCAUGGCCUUACGAGUUGAGAAACAGCAGGAGAAUGCACAGAAAAUUGCUGAGUUCCUUGCAGCACAUCCACGGGUGAAGAAAGUAAAUUAUGCAGGUCUUCCUGGUCAUCCUGGACGUGAUUUGCACUAUUCUCAGGCAAAGGGUGCAGGAUCCGUGCUUAGCUUUCUCACAGGAUCACUGGCUCUCUCGAAGCAUGUUGUUGAGACUACCAAGUAUUUCAGCAUAACUGUCAGUUUUGGGAGUGUAAAAUCCCUUAUAAGCAUGCCCUGCUUCAUGUCCCAUGCAAGUAUACCAGCUGCAGUACGAGAAGCCAGAGGUCUCACUGAAGAUCUUAUUCGUAUCUCAGUGGGGAUAGAGGAUGUCAAUGAUCUGAUUGCUGAUUUAGACCAUGCAUUAAGAACUGGACCGUUAUAAAUGUUUGAGCGUCUCCAAAUUUAACCCCAAAUUGUACGCCAGCCUCCCCCCUGCCUUUUUACCUGUAACAGGCAAAUAAUGCACAGUGAUUUGAAUUAUGUUGAGACUUUAUAGCAUAAUUAUUUGUUACCUGGGGUGUUGAAAUAUUGGAUGGUGUUGUGUUGCUCGUGUUAACAAUUCUACUGUAUGCAUUCAAAACAAUAAAACUUGGUAGAGCAGCUUUCCAGCUGCUGCUUGUGUGAUUUGUUCUA